AUGGAAGAGUCUAAGACGCAAACAAGCUCUCGGCCCACCCCACCCCCAGGGGUCCCGGCGCCAUUUAGCUCCUCCGAAGCCGCCGCCAUUUUCCGCCCCCGCCGGAUCGCUGCUGCGCCUCGGCGGCCGCUCGCUACCCCACUCAGUAGCCCGAGCCACUGCCGCGGGCCGGGCCCCGAGAGGGAGAGCCUGCGCCGGCCGGCGGGAACAGGAUGGCAGCAAGGGGGCCGGACAGGCUCCACUGGGCGGAGCGGCCCUGGCGGCGGUUGGGACCUGAAGGUUCCAUCGCACUUACUUCCUGUUUUGGGUCCGGGCACUUUGGAAGAACCAGGAUGGAGGCUCCAAAAAAUACCAGGAUGGAGGAAGCAGCCACGGGCAAGAGUGGCUGCAGCUGGAGUGAGCGAGCGCGACAAGCCACCGGAAACGGAGCUACGGCCGCGCCCCGCCCCCAGCCCCCGCACGCUCCCCCUCCCGCGCUCCGCUCCCUCGGGACUGCUGUGUCUGUUGGCUGCUCGCGUCACUUCCGACCAAGUCGGAGCGCGAAAAAAGGUCUCGGGUAAUUGGAGCUUCGGUACCGUUCUGGGUAACGUUCGUUUGCGGUCCGCAGCUUCUCUUUUCCUACUGGGAAACCUCGUCUUUUGCCAGAUGACACUUAAGAGACAUGUGAAGAAAGGCUAACUACAGAGGAAUUUUUUAAAUUCAAGAUUACUUCGUGUUGUGAAGAUUUGAAAGUGAAGGUGAACUCCAUUCCUCAGUAAGACUUUAGGUUGUCUGUUGAGAAUUAAAAGUUUAAAAAGAUCACAGGACAGGAUAGCAAAAUCUUCUCUGAAGAGAAAGAAUGGUGGCUCAGCAGGUAACAAUGAACUGUAACCUGAGUGAAUAUAUUUAGUCGCUGAAGAAAAUAUGCAUCAGUCAGAUGGCGUGGGGCCUUGGCCAGCCCUGAAAUUUCAAAAAAAGAAAGAUCACCUGGACAAAGAUUGACUAUACUGAGGGACAAGAGAUCAUGACUUGGAGGGAGCAUAGAACUGAUGCUACUCAUCUUGAGGUUAUGAUCACCAAGAAACCUUUGGAUUAUAACCUAGCUUCCCACACCGUGUUCCUGGAGGUAAAGAAGGCAUGGGCGAUGGCAACGUGUGGCAGUCAACACUUUUCUUUGCAAAUCAAUAUACUUGAAAUCGAGUUUAUUUAUCAGUCUUCGUGAGCUCGAUGAGUGGGACGCUGCAUGGUGUAUUGAGAAAUGAGUUUUCCGAGCUUUCAUGGCUCGCAAGCCAAGCCUGUGAGGAGUUUGUCAAGGAGCUGAGUGAGGACCCCGCCCCUUUUUCCUCGUUGCCUUCCUCCCACCACGGCCUGCACACAAGCAUAUUUUCUUCAGACUGCUAGCCUCGAUAACUCAGAUUAAUCAAGUGUGUCAGUAUUAAUGGCAUAUCAAUAUCUAUGUACUUUCACAGUCUCCUUACUGCUUCCAUUUUUGGGGUGAACAUGUCAGCAGGAAACAGAGGGCUAUUAUGACCACUUGGGACUUUAGAUAAAAGAAAGGAUUUCCUAGCAGGUGUGCUUUGAGACUUUUUUUUAAAUAUUAAUUUUAAUGUAAUUUAGGUAAAGAGUUCAGAUGCCAGUUAGCCUGAAAUUGCUCCUUUUUUUUUUUUUUUUUUUUUUUCCUGGGAAAAGGGAGCUGGGUCUGAUGAUACCACUCUUGUUUUGUCUAGCCCACAGAUCCUGAAGUUUAUUGUUCCACUUGAUAUCAAAAACAUUAUUCUUUUUUUCAAAGUUUAUUUAUUUUUGAGAGGGAGAACCCGCACACGAGUUGGGGAGGGGCAGAGAGAGAAAGGGGGACAGAGGAUUUGAAGUGGGCUCUGUGCUGGCAACACAGAGCCCAAUGUGGGGCUGAAACCCACAAAUUGUUGAGAUCAUGACCUGAGCCACCCAGGUGCCUCUUAAAAGUAUUAUUCUAAGCAAGGAUCUGUGCUAGUUCCUAUUUAGAUUUGGGGGAUGGACUGUCUCUCACAAAGUUAGGUGAGAAAAUAGGAAAUUAAUGUGUUUAUUUAUUUAAUUUAAGCAACCUCCCCUGAGUUUUGCUAAAUUUCUGGCUCCAUGUUGAUAAGAGAAACCUGGGUAGUAAUUUCCUUAUACUUCAGCGUUUCUCCAUGGAAACAUCUGAGUCAACAUUUAUAACUGUUUUAAUGGCUGCGAUGUAGAUUACCACCCAAUCUCUACUGCGUCAUAAUCUUUACUUUUUCCAUAUUACCAAAGUAAUUAGCCUGGCUACGUUGCCAUACUAUUCAAUGACAUUAUAUUACUAUGAUUAAAUUGUGUUGGCUUCUCUUUCUCAUCAUCUAAGUGUAAAAUAAAGCGUUUGAUGGAUUAACUCAUUGAUGAUUAUCAUCUGGAUUUUUGAAAGGAUAACAUUCCAACUCAUGUGGGAUAAUACACUUAGGUUAUAAUCAGAACUGAGUCAAGUACAAGUCUCAAACAUUAGCAUGAGAGGAAGAAGUCCACAUGAGAUGACUUCAAGAGCAGAUAGAUGUCUAAUUUUGUGAAUGUUGAGAAAGUUAAACUUUCCAUGUCAAAUAGCAGUCAUUCAGUAGUAACAACUGGUCACAAAUUAUUUUUGUAUACUAGGAUCAUGAAAGUUCACUAGGGCCCAAACUGGAUGAAGGCCUGCCCACUGCACCUUUCUGGCCUGCCCUCAGAGGCAUGUAUUGUGUACUAGAAUUUGUAUGGGUACUGCAUUUCAUUUGCAUUCUAUCCUAUAUUAUG